AUGCGUUCCGCAGGCAUGAGACAUCCAAUGCAACAACCGCCUCCUCCGCCUAGAUUGCCAAAUGCACGUGUACCAAAUGAUGCUGGUGUCUUUUUUGGGGGAAACAACGAUUAUCGUCGAAAUUAUCAACCAAAUAAUAAUAAUCAGCAACAACAGCAGAAUAGACCAUUUAAAAAAGAGCCACAACAAUGGUAUCGUGGUCAAUUACCACCACAACAAAAUCAAUUGAUUCCGAGAGCACCAGGGCCACCACCACUGCGUGGUUUGAGUCCACCUCAACAACCAUGGUUUCGUGGGCCGCUGUCAUCACAACAAAACCAGAUGAACCCUCCACCCUUGGUUCCGCCACCGUUUGGUCCUCCAUUUGGUUUGCCUCCUGUGCCCCCCCAUCCAUUUAUGAUGAUGAACGGACCUCAACAAGAACAGCAGCAGCAACAACAUGUUUAUCAGAAUAACAACAUCAAAAUUGAAGGCGGACAAAUUCCGUUCUUGGACGAUAGCGACAUUCUUCACGAAGAUCCAAAUGAAAACAAACGUCUGUUGCCUCCGCAAGCAACGAUAUCGAACAAUAACGGUCAGAGUAGACGUUCAGAUAAAUCCAAUAAUCGAAAUAUUAUAUCUUAUCAGGAUCUCGAUAGACCAGAUGAACGCGAAACAUCAUCAUUUGAUACACUCGAUUUAUCACGGUAG